CUUUUGUGGAUGUUUAAUAUUUAUAUAAAAUAAAUUGCGAAGUAAAUAAAUAAAAUAAAGAAGAUAAAAUUGAAGCAGGUAACCCGAGCUUUUGGACUAUGGAUAAAUUGUAUUUACAUAAACAUACAUAUAAUUGUUAGUUGAGAAGCGAUAACAGAGUGGAUAUAGUUCGAUCAAUAAGGCAAUAUCGAUAGUUAAUUGAGAUGGAGAAGAGCAGUAGUAACUAUGGAUGCAAAGUAUGCGUUACAGGAGGUUCAGGCAAUAUCUGCUCUUGGCUCAUCAACAAGCUUUUAUCCAAAGGAUACACUGUUCAUGCUACUCUUCGCAACUUAGAUGAUGAGACGAAGGUGAACUUUCUGAAGAGCUUUCCGGGGGCUAAGACAAGGUUACUUCUGUUUAAAGCUGAUAUUUACACACCUGAUGAUUUUGAGGCCCCAAUCCAAGGCUGCAAGUAUGUUUUUCAUAUUGCCACUCCUUUGCUCCAAACCAAUGUUGUCUUUCAGAACAAGAACUCGAGUGAAGCGACAAUAGGUGCGGCGAAGAGCAUAGCAAUGUUUUGUGAGAGAUCAGGAACAGUGAAGCGACUGAUCUACACGGCGUCUGUGGUGGCCGCGUCGCCGAUCAAAGAUGACGGCUCUGGCUUUAACGAUUCCAUGGACGAAACUUGCUGGACUCCUUUGAAUCUUUCAAUCCCUUACAGUAACGAAGAUUACAGGGCCUACCUAUAUUCGAAGACAAUAUCAGAGAGAGAGUUAUUGAGCAUAGGGAACAAAGAUGGUGAUGGAUUAGAGGUUGUAACACUUGCAUGUGGCCUUGUUGGAGGGGAUACACUUUUACCAGUUAUACCCUUCAGUGUGGCAAUGCUUUAUUCUCACCUCAAAAACAGUCCAAUACUAUACGAUUCUCUUCGGUAUUUAGAGGAAUUGCUUGGAAAAAUACCAAUAAUACACAUCGAAGAUGUUUGUGAAGCCCUUAUCUUCUCCAUGGAGAACCCUUCUGUCCGUGGUAGAUUCUUAUGUGCAAGUGCCUAUGUCUCCACUGCAGAAAUAGCUUCUCACUAUCAACAACACUACCCACAAUUUCAUUUCAAGAAAGAGUACUUGGAGGGGCCAAAGAGGCAUAUAGAGUUUGAUUCCUCAAAGCUCAUUGCGAAGGGCUUUGUUUACAAAUACAAUGCAAAUAUGAUUUUGGAUGAUUGCAUCGCUUCUGGGAGGAGAAUGGGUGAUCUCUUGAAUUAGUAUUGUUUUUCUAAUCCUUUCUUUAUUUUUCUAAGAUACAGCUACUAGAACAAUUUUUGUCCCAUUUAAGCUCUUAACGUAUAUGGAACGAAAAUAAAAUAUAAACACAUGGUAUUGUAUUUUAUAUAUAUAUAUAUAUAUAUAUAUAUAUAUUUAUUGAUGAACGGACAGCCCCAAAACGGCAAAAAGAACAUCCAGACACGAAACGGCCCCUGAGGGGAAAAAGAAAAGAACUGCCAGAGACCUUCGGCAACAUGAGAAUCUGUUUGAUGAAUCCAAUUUGUCCAAAGAUAGACAAUUUUAUAUUUGUAGUUGACUUCUUGUAAUCCAAAUUAUAUAUGGUAUGAACUCGGUUCUGUUUGGUUUC